UUCGGGAUGCAGAGAGACCCCCGAAAAGUUCCUUCGGGUAAGCGAGGAUCUUAGGGCGGUCGAGAUGGAGAAGGAGAUCGAAAUCCGAAGCCUUAACGGGGAAUCGAUCACCAUCUCGAUCGCCUGGCACAGUUCGAUCAGUAAAUUGAAGGCUCUGGUGAAGGAAUCGUUCCUCCCGGCGAAGAAUUCUCCAAAGUUCCAUCUGUUCUUCAAGGGGGCAAAACUGAGGUUGGAAAGCCGUAUUGAGGACUAUCAGAUCGAGCCUGGUGAAUUCAUGGUUAUGGUUCCAUUUACGAAGAAAAGCCGACAAUUUUCAGUAGAACCUGAUCCCCCCGGGCCUCAUACUGGCCCUUCAAAAUCCUCACGUGAGAGCAUGGUGUCUUCUGCUGCUGACUUGGCUUGGCUUGAUAUAAUGAAUGAUCUUUCAUCUCUAUCUGAUGUCUCCCAACUGGAUGGAGCUCCAAGUAAUUUCAGUCCGUCAAAUAAGGUGGGUGGUGGGAAGGAGGGGGUCUUGAAAGUUGAAGGUUCUAGUAAGCUUUCCUCAAAUACGAAGCGCAAGAGAGAACCAGAAAAUGGUCACAUUCUUCGUGAUAUAUUAUGCUCCGAUUUUAAGAAUGUAUUCGAGCAACAGACCAGUGACAAAAUAAGACAAUUCGUGGAAUCUGCGGGCUGCUUAUCAAGUCCUACUAAGGAUAGCUGCUUGUUGUUUGAAGAAUUCUUUAAAACAUCCAAUGAAACAGAGCAGUGUGUGUGCCCAUCAUGGUUAAAGAGACUGUUGAAGAACUUCACUUUUCUGAACACCUUUUAUGCCUUUUUUCACAUUCAAGGUAAAUGCAUGACUUGGGAGUGUAUAGAGGGGGCACUGAAGAAUCGUGGUAGGUUUGGACUCGAUGAUGCAUGCAUUUCAGAUGUGGAGAACCUCUCACUACUCUGUCCCAAGGUGGUGGUAAUUCUGGGUAAGCAAGAAAAUAUGGUAUCCAAGUUGGGCUCUGCCAUUGUUAUUGGCAAUCCUUCAACAGAUUUAUCAGACCAAAGUGGACUGACAAAAAUGCUUAGGACUGCUAGAAAGAAAACACCAACCUCAGCAGUUAUUAAUGCUAUGGAGAAACGGGUGGUUGCUUUCAAAACUGAAUUACGGAGGGCGAUUAAGUGUUGCAUGGAAAAGAACCUGUCAAAAACCAGCAUCCCUCUCAUGUUGUCCCUAGAAGAUCUUAUAUUGAUGAAGGAUGGUUUUGCUGUUCCAGAAGGUAGUGAAGUGAAGUCAGCGAAGACUCGAUCAUUGGCAUCAGCAUGUCAUGGUUUGCACUCAAUGGAACCUGCUGAAAUGAUUGAACAUCUUAGACAAGGCAUCGGAAAGCAUGGACAGAUUGUGCAUGUGCAAGAAAUUGAUGCAAAAGAGGCAAUGUAUGUGGAACUUCCCAAUAAUCUGUCGGAAACAUUAAAGUGUGCAUUAAAUAGGAUGGGAAUAUCUGCAUUAUACAGCCACCAGGCUGAAGCUAUACAAGCUUCACUUUCUGGGAAGAAUAUUGUGGUGGCAACAUCAACUUCUAGUGGAAAAUCUCUGUGCUACAAUAUUCCCGUUCUUGAGUCACUCUCUCAGAAUCUAUUCCCAUGUGCUAUGUACAUCUUUCCCACAAAGGCUUUAGCUCAAGAUCAGCUUAGAGCUUUAUUAGAGAUGACGAGGGGCUUGGAUAUCGACUUGACUGUUGGUGUAUAUGAUGGUGAUACAUCUCAAGAACAUCGUAUUUGGAUCAAGGAUAAUGCAAGAUUGUUGAUUACAAAUCCAGAUAUGCUGCACAUGUCAAUCCUUCCAUAUCAUGGACGGUUUCAGCGGAUUUUAUCAAAUCUCAGGUAUAUAGUGAUUGAUGAAACUCAUUCGUAUAAAGGGGCAUUUGGUUGCCACACGGCUCUUAUCUUGAGGAGACUCCGUCGAAUUUGUUUCCAUGCAUAUGGUAGUGAUCCUUCCUUCAUAUUUUGUACUGCUACCUCUGCAAACCCACGAGAGCAUGCUAUGGAGCUUGCCAACUUGCAGAACUUAGAGUUGAUACAAAAUGAUGGAAGUCCUUGCAGUCAAAAACACUUUCUUUUUUGGAAUCCUCCAUUAUGUUUGGGAUCUAAAGCUCCAAGCAGCAGGAAUGAUAGCAAAAAUGUGGAGUUAGAUGUGAUGACCAGGCGUUCAAGCUCAAUUAUGGAAGUUUCUUAUCUCUUUGCCGAAAUGGUUCAGCAUGGGCUUCGCUGCAUUGCCUUUUGUAAGACGAGGAAACUCUGUGAACUAGUUCUUUGUUACACGCGUGAAAUUCUUCAGGAGGUUGCACAUAAUCUGGUUGGUUCUAUAUCUGUAUAUCGUGCAGGCUACACACCACAGGAGAGAAGAAGAAUAGAAGCUGAACUUUUUGAGGGGAAACUUCGUGGUGUUGCUGCAACGAAUGCUCUUGAACUUGGGAUUGAUGUAGGACAUAUUGAUGCAACUUUGCAUCUUGGUUUUCCUGGCAGUGUUGCUAGCUUGUGGCAACAAGCCGGGAGAUCUGGAAGAAGAGCAAGGCCAUCACUGGCAGUCUAUGUUGCACUUGAAGGGCCACUUGAUCAGUACUUCAUGAGGUUUCCGCAAAAGCUUUUCGGGAGACCAAUCGAGCAUUGCCAAGUUGAUGCUCAUAACCAGAAGGUGCUGGAGCAGCACAUUGCCUGUGCUGGUUAUGAACUCCCAUUGUGUUUACAAUAUGAUGAAAAAUAUUUUGGUUCUGGUCUGGACUGUGCAAUAAUGGCUCUCAAGCUUAAAGGAUACUUAAGUAAUGAUCGGCUAGGUGUUUCUUCUUCCAAAAUAUGGAAUUAUAUUGGACCUGAGGAAAGGCCAUCACAUGCAGUUAGCAUACGUGCAAUAGAAACUGAUAGAUACAAAGUGAUAGACAUGUCAAACAAUGAAGUGCUUGAGGAAAUUGAGGAAAGCAAGGCUUUUUAUCAGGUAUAUGAAGGUGCUGUUUACAUGCAUCAAGGCAUCACCCAUCUUGUGAAAGAUUUAGACUUAUCAGGAAAGAUUGCUUUUUGCCAAAAAGCUGAUUUGAAGUAUUAUACAAAGACACGAGACUACACAGACAUUAUUAUUACUGGAGGUGACCUUGGUUAUCCACCAGUGAGGGCAUCUGAAUUUGAGAAACUAAGAACAACUGCCCAAGCAAAUGCUUGCAACAUAACAACCAAAUGGUUUGGCUUUUAUCGCAUAUGGAGAGCAAGUAACAGGAUAUUUGACAGUGUUGAGCUUUCUUUACCUGCAUAUUCCUUUGAAUCCCAGGCAGCUUGGAUACGAAUUCCUCCAUCGGUAAAGACAGCUGUGGAGAUGCAGAACCUUCCCUUUCGUGCAGGGAUGCAUGCUGCUUCCCAUGCUCUCCUUAACGUAGUUCCAUUGUAUAUGAUGUGCAACACUUUUGACUUAGGUACCGAGUGUGCAAAUCCCCAUGAAACUCGUGCUGUUCCUGAAAGAAUUUUGUUGUAUGAUCAGCAUCCUGGAGGUAUUGGUAUUACAGCACAGGUCCAACUACUCUUUGGGGAACUCCUGACAGCAGCCUUAGAACUAGUUUCAACAUGCAACUGCAUGAGUUGUUCUGGUUGUCCGCAUUGUGUACAAGUGCUAUCGUGUGGUGAAUACAAUGAAGUCUUGGACAAGGAGGCUGCCAUUGUAAUUCUUGAGGGUGUGAUUGAAGCUGAGAAGUCAUAUUUUGAAGGCAAAGCAAAAUGUUGUGAAAACUCUGCUGCAAACUAGCAGUUGGUGUUCCAAGUAUCAUGGUGAAGCCAGGCGGAGUUUUUUCUACGCUACUGCAGGGUAUGCUGCAGUUGUAGUUUGGAAUUAUGUAAUCACUGCUACAUGCUAAUCCUGAUGUCAGAGCAUCUAUAUCAUUUACCACCGGGAAGAUGCAGGCAAAUCAGCCUCCUGCCAAUUACCCCAUGCCAAGAAACUUCUGUCCAAAUAAGUGGAUAUUUUUUGAUAGAACAGGGGUGAUCCAACCAGUAUUUCAUCAGAAUAUGGAAUCAGAACAAAGCGUGGGAAGGGAGGCGGAAGUAUCAGCAUGAAACUGGUUGCUGCGGAACCAGUUGAGAUGGUGGAAAUUGAUCAACAUAUACCAGCGGUACUUGCAAAUACAUAGCUCAUGACCUUUGUUAUCGCAGAUCACAUGAGGUUGAUGAGGUGGCGACUGGUGUAAUGCUAUGUUGUAUGUCACAUGUACCCCAUUACAAUGUGUCAUGAAAACGUGUUACUUUUGUGAGCCCAUAAUUGUUACUCUGCUUCUCUUCCUUUUGCUUCGAUGUAUAUCAUUUUCAGCCAACACAUCAAAGUUAUAUAAUCUUUUGUUUAAGUGCCUCUG